AAGAACAGCCCCAGAAUAAGGUGGGACAAGUCGACUUUCCUUCACACAUCUGAGAUGAUCAAAUCGGCCAUCAGACUCGCGUACCGGAACCCGACGUUCAUCGCCUUCGCGGUCUUUGCAUCCCUCCCGCUGUUCCUCGUCAUGCUUACCCACCAACUGGCCAUCCUACGCAUCUUCACGGAUGCCUCGUCCCGGCUGAGGCUCGUGUCGCCCUACGCCAGCCAGAGGCUCCACAUUGCCUCGGGAUUGAUUCAAGAAACAUUAGUCAAUGUCCUCCAAGCGAGCCUCCUUUACUCGGUCCCGGCUCUCCUGCUCAAUCUCCUGACCGCAGUGACAACCGUGCAUUCUGCGUCCACCAUCUUCAUGGAAGGCCGAUCGCCGUGUCUCCGGGACAUGUUGAAGGACUCCAUCACCAAGACGAGGUGGAAGUGGCCUCUGAUUACUUCCACUCUCGUCUCAUUCUUCUCCCUCAUUUCUUCGGUCUGCAUUGUCUCCUGGGCGGGCGUCGGCCGCUUGUUCGCAUCAGGGAAUUCUUUGUAUCUAAGUAUAUGUGGUAUAAUCUUGAUCGUAACCAUGGCCAAGUGGCUGGAGUACAGAGCCGUGUGGGACGUGGCCAUCGUCCUUUCGAUAUCGGAGGACAAGAACGUGUUCGAGGCGUUGUCGAUGGCGUCGAGCAUAACCAAGGGCAAUAGAACGAGAGGUUGCGUGCUGAUGCUGCUGGAUUUCGCCUGGUGUUUCGGACUCGCGGCCUUGGGCUUCUACGUGAGAGGGAGAUUCUCGGCAAACUCCACGUUUGUGGCGGUCGCGGAGACCUGGCUGGUUUGCGCAGGGAAGGUGAUGAAGUGGGUGGUGUGCGUGGUGUAUUGCCAUGACUGCAAGAGGAGAUCGAGCAGGGACAAGGUCGACCUGGAAGGUGGAGAGCACGCGAAGUUGCUCCGUACAGUUUCUUCUUGAAAAGGACGAGGACGAUGAAUGAUGAUGAUGAUGAUGGUGGUGAUGCAUAUAGGGUGCUGCAAUUUCUUGCUCUUCCUUUGAAUUGAACAGAGGUGUUAUCAUAGAAGCUUCUCUGAUUUCAUGUUAACUGCAAUGAUUUGGUCCAAAUGGAUGUUUAGAGUGUGGGAAACCCCAAAUUGCUUUAGUCUAUUUUCGAUCUCCUCAAUCAAAGCUCGGAGAUUUUAAUAUC